AUGACCUCCAGAUCAGGGCUUCUUCUCCUUGCGCUUGUAUUCACACCCACUUGGAGCCAGCAAACCCCAACAUGUCUCUCUCCAGCUAGUACCGGUGGAGCUCCCAAUAAAGCCACCUGCUGCCUCGAAACUGGCCGACAAGAGGAAUCCGUCGAUGGAGUCAUCUAUGAAUAUCUCUGUAACUACUACGCCACAAAUACCAACGUCAUGUACUACGAGGUCUUGAACGCUUAUGAAUGUGCCAAGAAGUGCUCCGAGACGGGCUUAUGUCAUGCCGCCUCGUGGAAGCCAAGGACUAGUCACAGUAAGAGUGGGGGCAGGUGCUUCUUAGCUACGGCAGGGUUCGUGGAGAUGCCUGAUCGACAUGGCGAGUGGCUGCUUUUGGUCCGAACAGAUCGAACCGCGCCAGUCCCUGGUGACUCUCCCAGCCUUCAUCCUCAGCCUGAUUGCCAGGAUGAGGUGGAUGAAGCGUGGGCACAGUGCCUGGAAGCUACUGAUGAGGACUGUGAAAUGAGGACCACAUCCAUGCGGCAGCAGCUGCAGGCGAAAGAGGCAGACCUUGUGAAUUGCGGUCGCGGGGAGAACCCGUCCAUCUAUAUCAGCAGGAGUCGCAAACCCUAUAGGGCUUGGUGUAGGAGAGGUGAGUUUCAUACUACACUUGCCCAAGUAGUGAAUACAGGUGGGAUUCAUCUUGGCAGGACGAAAGGGCUCCAUGAAUGCCUAGGUCUAUGUGAUAGGCAUAGUAGCUGCAAAGCACUCACCUACUGGAUACACAAAGGACGGUGUGACGGCCUCUCAACUAACCCUGUACCAACCCUGGAACGAACCAUGGCCAUAACCUUAACCCGCAUGUGA